AUGCCAGACGAGCCACGGCGCAUUAUCAUCGAAAAGUCCAGCACGGUCCGACGCCGGUACCAGCGCAGCAACAAACGAUUCAAGUUCUCAGCCUCCCAGCUCCGGCGAAUCGAGCGCGAGGAAGAAUUGGAACGCCGGGCCCAGGCAAUACGAGACAAAGAGGCGAAACGACGAGCCAACAAGAAGAGAAAGGCCGAGAAGGAGGCAAAAGACCGGGAAGAACGGAAAAGACUUGGCCUGCCGGAUCCAUGUGCGCCCAAAAUUCCAGCCAGCCAGCCGCUGCUCUCUGCAUUCCUGGGUGCAAAACCUGCGCCUACUGAACAGCGAUCCGUGACCGACUCGAGAUCUGCUGGGUCAGAGGAGGAGGGGCUGUCCGAAAUGGCAAACGGGUUUUCGGGAGGUGAUACCGAGGUGGAUUCUGAUUGCUUUGACGACCUGGACGAGGUGCUGCUUGAGCAGGGGCUAGUCUUACCUGGAGAAGACGAGCAACGAGACCAAUGUCCACGAGGCGGCUCUCUCAAGGCUGACACUCUCGGAGAUGCAUCCCCUAAGACCGUUAGCCCUCAAGUCGGAGGGGAGAGCUUGCUACCGGUCGCACACGAAGAUCACGAUGGUGACGACCAUGCCAAACAGCGGAUUGAUGAUGAUGAUGAUGAUGACGGUGAUGAAUUUUCCGAUUGCUCGGUGUUUGAUGAUGCCGAUAUAAUACAAGAGGCGGAUGCUAUUGUCGCCGCGCGAAUGUCCCAGCUGAAAGCGAUCAACUCCCUUCCGGUCCCUUCCACAUCUCCUUCUCAAACUGCCGCAAAAGCAAUGAUGGGGCCCCCUGCACUCAUUGAGCAAGCACAGUCACAGGCCCUGACUACUUCCAUCCCGUCUAUACCUACGAGUGACUCUUUCUGCGACGAUACAGCGGACUACUUGGAGGACGUCUUUGCCCGUGGCUGUGGCGACUCCUUUUCCGAAUUGGUGCAGCUAGGCUCUGGUGCGUUGUGA